UCUUAAUUAUUGUUAUGGUUCAGAUUUCCACCUCUGUCCGAUCUCAGCGCUGUAAUGCUCAUUACCCGGAUUCUGCGAGUGGAGGUGGAAGGGCUGCAUUUCCGCACAGCGGUUAUCUUCGUCAUUGUCCUGAGAACAACAGGCCGGGAAUAAAGAGCAACUCAUGACUCAUUCAAAAUAAAAGUCCCCUGUGUCAGUGUGUGGGUGUGGGUGUGUGUGCGCGCGCGCUCAGAGGUCCCUCACCUGCUGACACACCUGUCUGUGAGUGAGAGAGAGAGAGAGAGAGUAAGUGAGUGAGUGAAUGAGAGAGAGAGAGAGAGAGUAAGUGAGUGAGUGAGAGCGUACGUGAGUGAGUGAGUGAGAGAGAGUGAGUGAGAGAGAGAGAGAAUCUGUAUGGCUGAGCUGCCCCGCAGGUUCAGAGAGAGAGAGAGAGAGAGGGGAGACCAAACAAACACACAGACCCAGCAGCAGGAAGAGUUGGCUGAUCAUUCCCGAAGGGAAACGUUGACACCUUCGCUGGAAUCUGAGCUGCUGGCCCAUGUCCCACAAUCCCCUGCUGGACAGGCAGAGAGACGGAUCUGAUAAGAUAUAAACGGAAAACAACAAAGAGCCGACUAGACAAAUAAAUGUGUGUAAACAAACAGAAACUGACCCAAAAAGAACUGAUGAUUCAGAGCACCGGCAAAUCCACAGGCACAAAAAAGAGUCAUUUAGUGACUCAGUGAUUCAGUUACUGAAAUGAUUCAGAGCACUAAGUAGAAAAUUCAGUCAGUUAAUGAAGUGAAUCAGUCAUGAUUUAGACCACUAACACACAGACACAAAGAGGGAGUCAACUGGAGUUGAGUCUGAGCCCUAAGGAGGCAAAAAAGGCACAAAAAGAGUCGUUUAGUUUGAGGUAGUGAUUUAGUGAGUCAUUUACUAAACAAAGUUAGAACACUAAAAAGAGUCAUAAAAAGACACAAAAAAGAGUCAUUCAGUUAGUGAAUCAGUGAGCCGUUUAUGGAAAGAAAUUGAAACACUAAACAACAGACAGUGAGUUACUGUGUCAGUGAAUCAGUUACUGAAGUGAGUUAUGAUUCAGAAGGCAAACAAACAGACAAAAGAGCGAGUCGGUCAGUUAGUGAGUCACUGAGUCAGUUACUGAAAUGAUUCAGAGAGUUCAUUUUCAUGAUGCUCUGAAUCGUUUCUGAGUCAGUUUUUGAGGUAAGAAGUUUUGUGCUCCUAAUUUAUGUGCAGAGAUGUUUAACCCAGAAUCUGACGAGGAAAGAGGGAACUCUGAGACAUGGAGAGGAAGUGGACACAUGAAGGACAAAGAGAGGGAUGACGUGGAGAUGGAGAACGAGAGCGAGAGCGACGGGGAGAGAGAGAGAGAGGAAGAGAGAGAGGAGAAGACGGAGGGAGAGGAGAGCCGGACUGAGAGUGCGAGGGAGCUGAGCGGAGAGGCGGAGGUGGAGAAGUGGAGGGAUGAAAUGGAAAGGAACGGAGACGGCGGCUCGCUGGCUGACGAUGAGGAGGAGGAUGAUGAUGAAGAUCAGAAAACCAGAAUAAUGGCUGCUGCAGCUUUCACUCCUCUAGUGACCAUCGUAUGUCCAGCCAGUAAGCAGCUGGACCUGAAUGAAAGCAACUGCUCAGAGCAACCUGAGGAGAAAGGUCUAGAACAUGAAGAAGAACCUCAAACACACGUGUAUCAACAUCUACAUCACCUCCCAGAGUGGACGAGGGCCAAGGAGAACGCAGAACGUCGUUGUGGGUGCUGUGGUGAGAUAGUAAAGCUGAGUGUAGGUCUCUUAGCCGCUGCGGCGAUGUUUCCUCUCCUGGUGUGGGCGGGUUUUGAGCUCCUGCCCUUCGACACUCCUCCGGUCAGCAGCGCCCCCUUCAGGCUGGUGUACACGCUGCACUGUGCUUUCUUCGCUACUCUCCCCAUCGUUCUGGGUGUGUUGGUUCAGGGUGUGUCCCGGUUUAAAUUCGGCGCCCUGAAGCCCCUGUUUGACGGGACUCGUGCGAUGCGUGAUAUUGUUGUCCACGGCAACUACGUCCGGGACUCCCUUCAUCUGUACCUCCUCUACUUCAUCCAACUCGCCGUCAUGGCAACCUACGUCAGGCAGGACAUGCUGAAACUGGUGCCCUUACUGACCAUCAUCUUCGUGUUUGGCAGGCUGAUCUACUGGGUCUGUGUGGUGUUCCGCAGCAGCGUUCGCUCUCUCGGUUUCGGACUCUCCUUCCUGCCCGUGCUGGUCCUGCUAGGAGCCAAUCUCUACUUCGUCUGCUCGUCAGUCGGACCGGAGGCGGUGUUUGACGUGGCUCCGCCCACCACAGCCCCGCCCCCAAAGCCGAGGUGGUGGGGUUGAUCAGUUCACCGACACAUCGCAAGCACGGCUAAUGAAGGAAAGCUACUGCUGUUGGCAACUAAGACAUUAAAGACGAAGAAGAAACAGAACGACUUCAUUCUAGAGGUUCUUUCCUCAGUGUUCGCUGUACGUAGCUUCAUAAUCACAUGAUGGUUAACAAGCUUGGGCCAGUUAGCUGGUGUGGAGGAUAAUGCUAACUGCCCAGUUCUACAUACUUGAUCUUUUAUACAGCCUCAAUUGGUUGGCAUCACUCCAGGACUGAGAUAUUCCAGCAUCGGUAGCAACUUUACGGAUUCCUCUAAAGUCAGACAUAGAAAUGAGACAUAGACAAUCGUGUUUGGACAAAGCCUACGAUUUAUAUAUUCAUACUAUAUACUCACACUGUACGAAAAAGCUUUGCCUAGCGCUACCCGUGAAACCCAGCCCCUAAAGUCAGCUCUGUCUACACACAAUUUCCAAUAAUCAGUUUCAUUUAAAAUACUGUGCUGUGUGUCCAAGUUCUGAGAAAAAACACUGUCUGAAUCUCAAAGGACUCCCUCUACAAUUAAAACAGUGGCUCCUGCACCCAAACAGUGCAUCGUAUCACUGCUGUCAGAACAAAACCUUGCAUCCCCAUUUUGGUCAUUUGUCAGUUUUUUGACGUGAUUUGAAAAUGCCUGUUGUCCUUUACAUGGUGUGCUAAUUUCACGACGAAUGGACCAAAAGAAACGGCCCAAAAUUACUUGGAAAAAGUUUGGUAACUUUUACAUUAAGGUAAAAUAUGUUUUUUUUAUUUCUCCCAUAUUUUGGAGAUGCGAGGUUUCGUUCCGACAGCAGCAUAAUAAACAGCCAUUUGGGAUUCAGCCAAGUGUGCACAGUUCCAUACUGGACAAACAGUGCCCAGUUUUGGUGUAGAAGCCAGAACUUACAUAGUGCACUACAUAGGAAGGAGGGGGGCGUUUAAGAUUCAGCCAUCGACAAACUGCUAUAACAGCUCUGCUAACUUCUGCCACACUGUGAAAUGAAACUCAACACCAGGUUUUACAAACUCAUUAAAAAAAUCACAGUAUUUAUUUCUGCACACCUCACAGUUCAGUUCAAAUGGAGGAAAGUCGGCAUAUACGGACGUUGGUACCGCAGAUGGCGACUUAUUUGCGUCCGUUUAUGCGUGAUGCCCUGUGUAGGAGAGGUGGUUGUGAUUGUGUGUGUGUGUGGUUCUAGGUGAGUGUGACCAAAAUCUCAGAAAUCCACCUCAUCAUACGACUGCUCAGCUAGAGCUCGUUCGGACAGUUAACUGGGCAUCGCUGCCCCUCUUAGACUGCAAAUGACAGCCAGUGAAGCUAAAAUUUGGCCUAAUCAUGAUUUUCCGUCAGCUUCAACCAAACAGGCUAACAUCACACAGUGUAUGCCUGGUUGUAGAUUUUGCUCUUCUGUGUUGAGAUCAGAUCAGUUUCACAUCACCUCUGUUUAUUCUUCUGCAGCGUUCACUGUAAGAAUGGUGGAAAAUCAAAAACUGAAAAAUCAGUUCUGCUCAUCUCAACUGUAAAUCAGCCAAGGCGCGUUUGGCGUCUGGAGUUAGCUGCUUUAGUUUCAGCACAGGAGCUACGAGGCUAGCAAGACGUGUAAACAUACAGCUGCUAGGCUAGCAUGGCGCUAACUGCACGUCUAAGUCUUCUCACGGUCGUCCUCAGACUGUGUGGAGGUGUUCAGUGUCUCUGAUAGACCUGAUUAUGAUGUUUCUGACUCUGUGUGACUCACUGUGAUCUAUAAACAUGGACUGAAGUGCUUUAGCACAGAUAAACACAGCAGUGGCCUGAUUUUUUAAUCAGCUUCAUGAUUUAACGCAGCAGCAGAAUGGAUUCUGAUUAGACUGAUGAGUUUAACAACUAGCCGUAACAUCAGCCCAUCCUGAAAUCUGAAACAAGAAAUCUGUAUGCAAGUCUGGUCCAAGUUGGAGCUCAGAGGGUCCUGCUUCCUGUUUUUUCUCUCAUGGUUCCUGUUUGUGUCAUGAAAUGUUUGUGUUGGCUGGGUUUGAGGGUUAGCAGCUCCAGGUGAGUUAGAGCUGAGUAGAUUCAAUGAAUCCAGGUCAGUAACACACUGUCCGAACUAAUCUCACACAGAAGAAGGGCUGGAUGACCGGAUUCAAUAAAAUAAUGAACCUAAAAUAAAGGAAUACAGGAGCAUAAGUUUAUUCAAAAGUGUUGUUUUGGUAUAUUUUUGUAAAUUAUAAUAUGAAUGUUUCCAAAACAUCAUUUACAUAAAUACUUUAGGUCAUAUAUUUAUAUCGCUGUUGGGAACAAAACCUUGUAUCUCCAAAACGGUGACUUUACAGGAGAAGGAAAAACACACAUUACUUUUAAUGUAAGUCAGUGGAACCAGACCUUUUUUCCAAGUCAUUUUGGGCCGUUUCUGUUGGUCGGUUCAUCAUGAAAUUUACACACAAUCUAAAAACAGGUAUGUUUAAAUUAUGUCAAAAACUGAAAAAUGACAAAACUGAUCUCCAUAUUUCCAUAUUUCUCCAUAUUUGUCGUUUCUCAUUUUCAGCAGCUGCCCUUUACUUUGGGUCAAAAUCUCAUGACUAGACCAACAGAAAUGCUCCAGACUGACUGAGAUUAGAUCAUUUCUCCAUUAACUUCCAUUCAAUGUUGAGUGUGUUUUUUCCUUCUCCUGUAAAACAGACCCCAACAUCACCAUCUAUGAAGCCCUGUUCGUUAGUGAUUUUAUGAGUGUUUUGUUUGUCCUCUCUUGUCUGAUUUGUGAUGUUUAAAAGCUCUAUUAAGACUGAUGUACAGAGGUGUGUAUUGCUAUUUUAGUCUGUGUGAUGUAAUAAUUAUGCCUGAUUGUCCCUGAUCAAUAAAUUUGCUGAUUAUUUUGGAA